AGAACCUGAUGCUUCUUCGUCUUUUGGCAAUCUUCACAGUCUGCAUUUCCCUUGGGCAAGCUGUGCACAACACUGUCAACACAUGGAAUGGACAGCUACAGUAUGACGAGGAUUGGGGUUAUGUGGACAUUCGACCUGGAGCCCACACAUUCUGGUGGCUCUAUGCUGUCAAGCCAGCCAACAAUAGACCGCUGAUUUUAUGGCUGCAGGGAGGUCCUGGAGCAUCCAGCACCGGCUUUGGUAACUUCGAAGAGACUGGACCUAAACGGUUGAACGACACGGAUAAUGAAUCCACAUGGCUCCAAGUAGCGGACAUGGUCUAUGUAGACAAUCCAGUAGGAUCUGGAUUCUCAUAUGUGGAUGACGAUGGUGCUUUUACAACAAAUGUUGAGCAAAUUGGACAAGACUUGCUCGCUUGGUUGCGACAAUUCUUGAUCCUUCACUCUGAAUAUCGAACCCGGCCAUUUUUCAUUUUCUGUGAGAGCUACGGUGGUAAAAUGAGCGCCGAAUUCGCUAGGGUGAUCACUCAGGAGAUCAGCGCAGGUAAUCUGAGGCUGAACUUCCGCGGAGUAGCUCUGGGAGAUUCGUGGAUCUCUGCCAUGGAUUAUGUGAACAGCUGGGGAGAAUUUCUCUAUGCAAACUCAUACUUGGACAGCAAUCAACUCGCUCGGGUCAAUGCAGAGGCCAAGAGCUGUCAAAAAAAAGUCGAUCAAGGCCAAUGGAAGCAGGCAACUACUUGCUGGGGGAAUAUGGAGGAUUUGAUUGGAGCGGAAACCGGAGGAGUAUCAUGGUACAACAUCCUUAAGUAUGGUGGACAAGAUGAUUGGUCAAAGAAGAGAAGAAAGAGAUCAACUUUUGGGGUGUUGAAUCGUCUGUUCAACAGACAUGUCGGUUUCUACCAAAAGGAUGCACUGUCAUCUUACAUGGAUACCACUGUAAGAGACAAGCUGGGGAUUAUUCCUGACAAUGUAAAGUUUGGAGCACAAUCUGGUGCAGUGUUCAAUAUGCAAGCUGAGGAUUUUAUGAAGCCCAACUGGGAUACUGUAGAUUCGCUGCUGAUGAAUGGAACCAAUGUUAUCGUUUACAAUGGAAAUCAAGAUCUGAUCUGUGACAGUGUCGGAACUGAGAUGUGGAUGAAUAGAUUGACCUGGUCUGGUAUGGCUUCGUUCAAGACAGCAGCGAAAAACAAGUUUGGCACGAAAUCCUAUCCUCUAGCUGGAUUCAAAAAACGCCACAAUAACCUAUCAUUUUACCUAAUUCUCAGAGGAGGACAUAUGGUCGCAUACGAUACGCCUGAAGCAGCUGUACACGUUGUCCAGCAGAUCAUCAAGGACUAUAGUUCAUAA